AUGGACUACAAAAAUUUAGUAUCAAAGGUACUCGUAGAAUCACUCGUGAAUCAGUGGAUUCAAGAAGAUAUCCCCAACUUUGAUUAUGGUGGCUAUGUCGUUGGUGAAAAGGUAGAAACAGCUGUACUACUGUGCAAGUCGGAAGGGGUCAUUGCUGGUCAGCCAUUUGUCCAAGGUAUCUAUGAUAAGUUGGGCUGCCAAAUUCAAUGGAAAGUAGAGGAAGGGACACUUAUACAACCGAUUGCUCAAGUAGCUCAAGUGCAAGGCCCAGUUAAUAAAAUCUUGAUGGGAGAGAGGAUUUCACUCAAUUGUAUUUGUCGAGCAAGUGGUAUAGCCACACGAGCUCGCUAUUUGCAUAAUUUAGCUAAAAGUGCUCAAUGGCAUGGUGAAAUUGCUGGUACUCGCAAGACAACGCCAGGUUUUCGAACAGUUGAAAAAUAUUCGCUAUUAGUGGGCGGCAUAUCAACCCAUCGUUUCAACUUAUCUUCUAUGGUAAUGCUGAAGGAUAAUCAUAUUUGGAGUGUUGGUAAUAUUGAAGCUGCUGUCAAAAAAGCCCGCCAAGCUUGUGGUUUUUCUACUAAGAUUGAAGUUGAAUGUCGCAGCUUAGAAGAAGGCUGUCAAGCGGCCAAGGCUGGUGCUGAUAUCAUUAUGUUAGAUAAUUUUGAGCCCGAUGCUUUACACCGUUCUGCGGCAGCACUGAAGGUCCAUUAUCCUCAUGUAUUAGUAGAAGCAAGUGGUGGUAUUACUGUGGAUACAAUCAAUUCUUAUUUCGUUCCUAAUGUCGAUGUCAUAUCGUUAAGUAGUACAAUUCAGGGUUGUCCUGUAGUUGACUUUUCAUUAAAAAUACUGAAAGAAGAAACAGUGCCCAGAAUACAUAAAACUAAAACUUGA